AUGUGGCGGAACGCUCUCAUGGAGGUUUCAACCGUUAACCUUGUCAGAGGUCAGUUCUGGAUUUUCAACCGAACCGGCUUCUAUGGGAAGGGUUUGGUCCGCAACUCCAUGUACAUCUCCAGACUCGUCGGAAUGCCCGGGCGGCUUGUCGAAGCUUUACCCGUCGACAUCCUGAGCCAUGACACCGUGGAAGCGAAGCUUCUCCAGCCAGCGGUGGACGUCGGGGUCACGCUGUACGAGGACGUCGCCCGGAAUCCCAUCUCAGCACUGUCACAGUCGACCAGAUGGAUGUUGGGCGAGGUCAGAAACGCGUGCUACCAUCCUGAUGGAUCAUACCGCGGCAUUAUUUCGUCGCUGACCAACAUGUACGCCUGGCUGGUUGAAUGCAAGCCGAGGCAGAAGGUGUAUGUGCGCUGGCGGGAUGUCCCGUGUUCUGUGGCUGCGGAGUACCUUUCGCACACGGGCUUCAGGCUCUUCCACGCAGGCCCUGGAAUUUUGAUGGUCAACAUUGCCACGUCCCUUCUAGCCGAGCAGAAGUGGCUCCUUGAGCUGCAGGUGCUCCCUGUUGUCGGGAUGUCUGCGUUCCUCUUCACUGUGAUUGCCCUCUUCAUCAUUCCGAAGGGCUUUCUGAUGCUGGACAAGCUGCCAUCGCUGAACCUGGGCAAGUUCUUGCUCUGCUCGACGAAGGCGUCGAAGAUCGGCGACGGCAUGUUCUCAAGUGAAGACUCCGAGGAUGAACCUUCCACGACGGCACUUACCAGCGUGAAUCCUCGAACCUUCAUGCGCUCUGAGGAGGACUCCGAGGUCGAGUCCGACAUGGAGGAGGAGAAGCUCGGAAGAUGUUCCGUGCUUAUGAGGCAGAUGGCUCUUGCCAUUGUCGAGAUUUUGCUGUCCAUACUACUCUUUAGCCCGGAGCUGAUCAUCGGGGUGGUGCGCCUUGUCCGUGGCUCCUGGGCGCAGGUGACUGGCACGCAGAAUUGGCAGCCGCAGGAUGCUGUGGAGAAAGAGGUCCAGCAGAACCUGAGCUUCAUCUACGUUUUUAAGAAAACGUGGCUGGUCUUCGCUUGCGGGGUCGCCUACCUCGUCUACGCCUGA